AUGAGUGUAUGGAAAAAGCUUUCGCGUGUAGGCAAGAAGGCGGCAAAGUUCCAAUUUACGGCUUCCUUUCAAGAAGUGGAACUUGAGUGUACAAAGAAUUAUGUUCCUGGGAACAUUGUUAUCAUAUGGACACGUCGCAGCCGCCGCUACUCUUCUAAACCUAUUAUCUGCAAACCCAAGUCCGCAUUCCUGCUUCCAGUCAUCCCAUCUGGUAAAAGCUCCGCUUCAGAAACGAGCCCGCCCAGGAAAUCAAGUCAGCCACCUGUACCUCCUCAGGACCAGCAAGGAUCUGGAAAAAGUGGUUCUAUUGUGUAUCAGCAUGUGUGGUCGAUGCCAGAAAACCUUGAGAUCUCAACAACUCUCUACCGCAGUGAAAAGGACAUACGGUUCGAAGAGAAGGAAUGGGCCUUCCAGUUAGAAGAUACUGACUUUCAUAUGGCCGGCAUCUGGGAUCAAGCCAAAUAG